UUGCUUACGCUUACCUGGGGCCCAAGGCGCUGUCUCCGCCCCACUAACCCCGAAGCCCGGGAAAAACUAGGUGACCUGGGAUAUCCGUUCCUUGCGUAUGUCCCCAACAUCAGGCGGCAGCGGCAGUGGUCUGGGAGAGACCCGACAGCGGGGAGAGAAGCCAGCCAGUAGGUAAGGGGAUAGGCUAGCUGCCCACCCACCUCCGCCUGAUUUCGUUGAGGAGGGAGCCGCCUGGCCCCCGCCCCUAACUGGCCCAGCCUCAAGAAGCAUCGGGGAGGAGAAAGAGGCGACCUGCGAGAUGGAGGCGACCGGCACCUGGGUGCUGCUGCUAGUGCUGCUGCUGGUGUUGCUGCUGACGCUGGCGCUGCCCGGAACUCGGGCCCGAGCCCACCUGCCCCCGGGACCCGCGCCGCUGCCCCUGCUGGGGAACCUCCUGCAGUUGCGUCCCGGGGCGCUGUACUCCGGCCUCCUGCAGCUAAGUGAAAAGUAUGGGCCGGUGUUCACUGUGCACCUGGGCCCCUGGCGGCCAGUGGUGGUCCUGGUUGGGCACGAGGCCGUGCAGGAGGCCUUGGGAGGUCAAGCCGAGGAAUUCAGUGGGCGGGGAACCCUGGCAACGUUGGAUCAGACUUUUGAUGGUCAUGGAGUUUUCUUUGCCAACGGGGAGCGAUGGAGGCAGCUAAGGAAGUUCACCAUGCUCGCUUUGCGGGACCUGGGCAUGGGGAAGCGAGAAGGCGAGGAGCUGAUCCAGGCGGAGGCCAGGUGUCUGGUGGAGGCAUUCCGGGGGACCGAAGGACAUCCAUUUGAUCCCUCCCUGCUGCUGGCCCAGGCCACUUCCAACGUCAUCUGCUCCCUCACCUUUGGCCUCCGCUUCCCCUACGAGGACAAGGAGUUCCAGGCUAUGAUCCAGGCAGCUAGUGGUACUCUGCUGGGAAUCAGCUCCCCAUGGGGCCAGACCUAUGAGAUGUUCUCCUGGCUCCUGCAACCCCUGCCAGGCCCCCACACACAACUCCUCCACCACUUGGGCACUCUGGCAGCCUUCGCUGCCCAGCAGGUGCAACGGCACCAGGGGAACCUGGACAGCUCAGGACCCGCACGCGAUGUUGUCGAUGCCUUCCUGCUAAAGAUGGCGCAGGAGGAACAAAACCCCAACACGGAAUUCACUGAGAAGAAUUUACUGAUGACAGUCACUUAUCUGUUGUUUGCUGGGACGAUGACAGUAGGUGCCACCAUCCGAUAUGCCCUCCUGCUCCUGCUGAAAUAUCCUCAGAUCCAAAAGCGCGUGCGGGAGGAACUGACACGGGAACUGGGGGCUGGCCAGGCACCGAGCCUGGGGGACCGCGCCCGCCUUCCUUACACAGAUGCAGUUCUGCACGAGGCACAGCGGCUGCUGGCGCUGGUGCCCAUGGGAAUGCCACACGCCCUCACAAGGACCACUUGCUUCCGAGGGUACAUCCUGCCCCAGGGCACUGAGAUCUUCCCUGUGCUUGGUUCGGUCCUGCAUGACCCCAAAGCCUUUGAGCAGCCAGAGGAGUUCAACCCCGACCGUUUCCUGGAUGCCAAUGGACAGUUCAAGAAGCAUGCGGCAUUCCUGCCCUUCUCCUUAGGUAAGCGUGUCUGCCUCGGGGAGGGCUUGGCGCGAGCAGAACUCUUCCUUUUCUUCGCUGCCAUCCUGCAGGCCUUCUCGCUGGAGAGCCCCUGUCCCCUGAGCACCCUGAGCCUCCAGCCAGCUGUCAGUGGCCUUUUCAAUAUCCCACCAGCCUUCCAGCUGCAGGUCCAGCCGGCUGACCUGCACCCCCCUGAUGGAGGAGGGAGCUUGGGGAGGAGGUAGCCCCCCGGGAAGAUGCUGCUAGCCUCAAUGGUGGGCGUGAACAGGCUGCAUCUCCAGAGCCACAAGCCUGCACCGCAGGGAGCCCUGUUCACACACUGGCGUUUUCACACGGACAUGUGGCCCACGCAGCUGCUGAGGCAUGCAGCCACACACCCAUACACACCCACGAGGGCCCCGAGCCCACACCCCCACAUGAUUCCCUGGACUCUCCACCUGCACAUGGGAGUUCAGCCACCGUGCUCACAGUUCGCACACCCUCUUCAUCAUCGGACUCUGUACCACCGUCUCUGGUGCCUGCCAUGAGAGCAAAAGGCCCCACCUGGGUCAGGCCACAGUCAGACUGUCCUGUCUUUAGCCCCAGUGCGCUCUGUUGCAUGACCUCACCACCCUCCAGGCAGAAGCACUCCUGCCCACACACACCCCAACCACUUAUCCACACGGCCAGCCCAUGCAUGACACGUUCCUGGCUCCCAAUAAGACAUGCUGCUCUUACAGAGGCAUAGUCCCUGGACAGCUCCAUACCUUUGUCCUUCAGGGACACCCUUUUCAAGCACCUCUUUCAGCAAAUUUUCUCCAAUACAAAUAUUUUCUGAUUUGCAAUUAGGCACACAGACUUUGGACACUGGAGGACUCUCACCUGCUUAUGUAACCACAUGGAUAGAAGCCCCUGCUCCCACUGUGUGCACACGCACACGCGCGCGCACCUACACGUACACGCAUGCAUCUCCCCUAGUCUGUGGUACAAGUCCCCAUUAGGCCCCAGAAAGGGGCUAGAUGACCAAGCAGAAGUCGGGUUCCAACCCCCAGUGUCAGGAAGGAGGCCAGACCUGACCUCUUUGUGGCUUGAAGGGCUCCAUUUUGCAAUAACAGUUUGUCUCUGGCCCCUGGUCUGGCCCCGGGCAGGGCCUAGUGUGCCUCUGUGACCAUGUCUGUCUUAGUGAGUAAGGGGUGGAGAUGGGGGAGUCCACCCCUCCCCUGAGGCUGGGCGGGAGCAGAAAAACAUGGUCACCGCCCACCCUGGCUGUUGACAUCAGGACCAGAUGUGGGACUGAGAGAGGAGGGAAGGGGAGGGACAGGGCUGGGGCUAGUGGCUGGUGCUCAGCCAGGGAAAGUCUGAAGCUGAUGGAUUCAAACCCUGAGUCCAAAAACAGACGUACACUGGCAUCUGGGCCCAGACCCUCCCCACCAGCCUCUCCACUACCCAUUUACUGCCGUCCCUUCACAAGGAAACCAAAGGCAUCUUUUUACUUCUUAAAUUAUCUAAUAAAGACAUUUUCAGCAUGCAGGAGGCCCUGGGUUUGAUUCCCAACAACCAAAACAAUUUUUGUAAUAAAAUAGAAGAUUACCAUCAACUUUCUGCUGUUUCUAUUUCAUCUAUUACUCUUGAGGUUAAGACAAAUCCCAGAAAAUAAUCAAACAUGCAUGUCUAAGCAUUAAGGGUUG